CUAAGAACUCAGUCACGGCACGCGGCACUGACGGUGGACCCGAACAGGGGCUCAGGGGGAACUUACGUAAAGUUAUAUAGAUCUUCGUUUUCGUCUACUUGGCUUUACAGUACCAUUACUUGGACUCACCAGUGUUGUUUGUUUGCGCUGUGCAGUGCAGUUGCACUGCCCAUCUUGCUCAGCUACGGGUGGGCGAUUCAACGGUGGAACAUAACGGUCGUGUUGAUGGUCAGACUGCAGGCGGUUGGGAGGUUGAUUGCACACAGCCUUCAGAAAAGGUGCAGAACAUUGCCCAAGUACACCUAGGGUUUGCUGCUGCCAAAGAGAUGGGUUCUUUUGACGAUUCAUCAAAGCAUGAUUUCAAUUUAGAAGUUGUGCUUUCAUGUUUCCAAAGAUGUCUCAGGACAGAUAAAAGGGUCGGACUUGAAGAUUACCUACAUGCUUAUCAUGAGCUGUGCCGGUUUUUUAAACUCACCGGUCGACUUUUCGGUUUCGUAGCAAAAGACAUUGAGUCGAAAAUGAAAGCCAUUGAAUAUCACAUGCAUUCAGAACAUGGCCACCAUUAUGACACCGUAGACUCAAUGGUUGAAUAUGAGGUGGACAAAGGAACUGCUCGUCACAAAGGUUCUCACCCGUCUGGUUGUCGCAUGAUGCUGAGACUGCACUGGGCUCUAGAAUUCAUCCUUGCAUUCAUGAGACAGCUUCUGGAUGAGGAUGAGCAGGCGAAGACCUCGAAAGUUGCAUGGGAUAUCUACUCAAAGACACUCUACCACCACCACCCGUGGAUCACCAGUAAGCUUGCGGCAGUUGCUGUGUUUGCCUUACCGUCCAAGAAGCACUUGAUUGAUGUCAUGUGCAAACACGACUACAGUAAUGUGAUGGUCCUCUUGGAGCAGGUGUUGGAUGCAGGGCAGCCUGUGUAUGACGCUGUUGAGAGGAUUAUGCAAGAGUCAAAUCUCUCACACAUCGCUUAACACCUUCGAGACCACCGACGUACUUAUACGCAAACUGCGCCCGACCAAAUCGGACCAUCGACGUGUAUUUAUGCGAUGGCAAUACCACUCAUUCAAGCCAGUUCAAGUUUAUUCAAAGUUAUCCAUGUUUUCCGACUGCUUGUUCAAGCGCUGAAGAGUUCUUUCCCUUCGAAUUCACCUUAGUUGAAACCUGUUUGGGUUGAUUAGAAGUGAAAAAAUGUUUUCGAAGUGAGUAUUUACAAGGGAUGUGGGCGGCGGCUCCUGUCCUGGGGAUAGGAUCAGCUGGUGUGGGGGCCGGUCCCGAAGGCGUUAAGGUGUGUUUCAGGGUUCUUGUGUCAUCAUCAUAAACAUAUUUACUGUGUGUGCAAGUCUGUGCUGAAAGAAAAACAAGAGUCGUCAUAUCAUCAUGAUUUCAAGGAGUGGUGUGUUUGUUGACUUUGACUACUAUGCGAAUGCAGGCUUGCCAACCUUCCUGGAUUUGUCAGGAAAUUCCAGAAUUGCCAUCAUCGCUCGAUGUCUCUCCCCCCCCCCCC